UGUUAGCAAUUAGGACUGGCGGGAGGGAGCGGGGAGCAGCCUGUCUUCUCCAGCACAUACUUUGUGUGUCGUAUUCCAGUGGGCGAGCUCGGGCGGAGAGAACUCCGACGCCGGCUCGCCCCAGCCAGCCCCCCAAGGCCGCAGCCAUGGGAGGAGUGGAGGCUGCCGGGGGAGAAAGCGGGGCACGGACCCACUGCUCGGGGUGGUUUUGAAAUAGCGAGGAAGUUGAUCUGGGCUGCCGACCAAGGAGCAAGAGAGAGAGGGAGGAAAGUGGGAGCCGGGAGGAGCCAGGAUCAUGCACUCGGCUCAUUGAAGCCAAGCAGGCCAGACGGGGAUGCCCGCGAGGAGAGGCGACCCCGGCUCAGAGCACUAAGAGGGAACCCGCUUGCUUGGACGAAGCAGCAGCUCCCGGCCCCUCCGUGCCCCUGGCGAGAGGACCAUGAAAGAAGAAGACCUCAUUGGAGAAGACGACGACAUGCCAUCCUUCAGAUACAGACCAGACGGCAGGACACGGACCAACUGCAGCCGGUGCCAGAAGAACCUGUCGCUCCAGACCUCUGUCAAAGGGCUGUACGUCUUCUGCGUCUUGCUGAUCAUCGCCGUGAUGGUGCUGGCGUCCCUGGUCUUUAAGAAGGUCAAUUCCAUAGCCGAUGACAUCAGUUCGGCUCAGACUUACUAUGAGAAAAAGAUUGUGUCUGUCCAGGAGAACCUCCAGGAGCUCGAUCAGAAAUCCUCGGGGAACUGCUCCUUCUGCCACGACACAGGGCAGCUGGGGCAGGAGAUAAGCAAGUUGCAGGAAGAGCUGGAGGAGAUUCAGAAGAUGCUCUUGGUCCAGGAGAUCCUGCUGGACCGGACCUCGCAGAGUUACCAGCAGCUCUCAUCCACCAGCAGCAAGAUCACCAAUGAGAUGGACGGCUGCUCGUUCUCCAUCCAGCAGGUCAACCAGACCUUGGGGCAUUUCCUAGCCCAGGUGAGAGGCUGGCAGGCGGCCACCUCGGCGCUGGAGGACUCCCUGAAGGGGGUGCUGCAGGAGCGGUAUGACAUCAAGGCGGUGGUGGAGCAGAUGAACUUCACGGUGGGGCAGACCUCGGAGUGGAUCCACACCAUCCAGCGGAAGACGGACGAGGAGACGCUGACACUGCAGAAAGUCGUGACCGAGUGGCAGAACUACACCCGGCUCUUCGGGAGCUUGAGGGCCACCUCCUCCAAGACCAGCGAGCUGGUCAAGAGCAUCCAGGCCAGCAUGAGCUUGGCCUCGCAGAGGAUCAGCCAGAACUCAGAAGGCAUGCAUGACCUGGUGUUACAGGUGAUGGGGCUCCAGCUGCAGCUGGAUAAUAUCUCCUCCUUCCUGGACGACCAUGAGGAGAACAUGCACGACCUGCAGUACCACACCAGGUACACGCAGAACCGGACGGCGGAGCAGUUCGAGACCCUGGAGGGGCGCAUGACCUCCCACGAGAUCGAGAUCAGCACCAUCUUCACCAACAUCAACGCCACAGACAGCCACGUGCACAGCAUGCUCAAGUACCUGGACGACGUGCGGCUCUCCUGCACCUUGGGCUUCCACUCCCACGCCGAGGAGCUGUAUUACCUGAACAAGUCCGUCAGCCUGAUGCUGGGCACCACGGACCUGCUGCGGGAGCGGUUCAGCCUGCUCAGCGCCCGGCUGGACUUCGACAUCCGCAACCUGUCCAUGGUCAUGGAGGAAAUGAAAGUGGUGGACGUCAGGCACGGGGAGAUCCUGCGCAACGUCACCAUCUUACGGGGUGUGCCUGGCCUCCCUGGACCUAGAGGAUUCAAAGGCGACAUGGGAGUGAAGGGGCCCGCAGGAAGAAAGGGGGAGAAGGGCGAUGCCGGGGGCCUGGGCUCUCCUGGCCCGCAGGGCUCCAGAGGACCUCCAGGCAUCCCAGGCCCUCAAGGCGAGAGGGGACCUAUUGGCGUGAAAGGCAUGCUGGGCUUUAAAGGUGCUAAGGGCAGCUUUGGGCAAGCUGGCCUCAAAGGACAGAUGGGCCUGAAAGGUGACAUAGGCCCUCAGGGGCCGGAGGGAGCUCCAGGGCCAGUGGGUCCAGCAGGGCCACAAGGGAAGCCAGGGAUCCCAGGGAAGCCAGGGUCACCAGGCCAGCUUGGGCCACCAGGUCCGAAGGGAGACCCCGGCGUGCGUGGGCCCCCAGGCUUACCGGGGCCGCCAGGUGUCUAAGCCAGCCCCACCCGCAGCCCUGCCCUACAGGAUGCUGGCCCAGCUGCGACGGGGAGGGGAAGUCUCUGCAGAGCUGAGUAAAUGUGCCAACUGGCCGGAGGCGCAUCCCAAGGUCUUUCACCAGCAUCCCCCUGGCCCUGCAGGAGAUUCAGUCGGCGAUCCCAGCAGGGAGCCCGACCCCCCGCAUCCCUCCCGGGAUGUCCUGCCUGAGCAGAGCGGCUGGGAUCCCCACUCACUGUUAGGACCUGGAUCCAUGCUGACCUGCACAGCAUCCCCGGCAGGCAGCACCCCUUGUUCGUUCACACGCCCUCAGAGACAGCCGAGGGCAGCAUGGCCCCCCCCCCGAUGGGAAACCAGCGCUGUCCACGUCCUGCCCUUUCCUUUCCAUGAUCCUGCUUGUACCUGUUUGACCCAGACACGCAGGGAUGUUUGAAAGGCAAAGAGCUAAAUCUCCAUGUGUCAGUGGGAGUGUGUGUGCAUGUGUGUGUGUGUGUGAGAGAGAGACUCUGGCUUCAGGACUCUGCUAGGCCUUGCCAAGAAUGCACUGGGCUUUGCCCUGCCACUGGGAUCUGGGGAGCUGGACCCAAGCAGGUUUCCCAUGGCUCCCUUUCGCUGGCAGAGCCUGGGUGUUUUGCUACCUGGCACAGAUCGACGUGCCUCCAGUCGCGUCAUUGCCUUGGUUUCCAUCAUCCACUUCUUUCCCUGCAGCCUCUGCUCCAGCCCUCGCUCACUGCAAGUGGGUCUGAGCACCGCGCUCUCAUUCCACAGCUGGUCGGGGCCAUCCCUGAGCAGCUCACAGUUCUGUAUUCGGACACUUCGAUUCUCCCUCCUGACCCUCACGGCAGCCAGUUGGGCUUGGUCCAGGUGGCCUCAAUGUCGGUACCCGUUCAGCUCCUGGUGGGCAGAGGCCCACGGCACCAUCACCCACCAUCUCAGAUGGCACCCUCCCUGGCCGCUUGCGAUAGAGGGGCCAAGGAUCGAACGGGCCCUGGAAUCCCUGCUCCCCCUGAAAAGAGUUCCCUCUAAGUCAGGAUCGAGAGAUUAGGGGAGCAGACUCUGUGCCCUAGGCAGCCAAGCCAGCAGGCUCCGAAUUCCCGUGUAAAACCUCCAGCCCCUUUGCAUCGAGAGCCCCUAAGAAGGAUGCUGACAAAUUGCAGAGGGGUCAGAGAGGAGCCAUGACUGAUGAAAGGGUCAGAGAACGUAUGCUAUGGUGACAGGCUCAAGGAGCUCAAUCUAUUUAGCUUCGCAAAGAGCCGGGUAGGGGGUGACUUGAUCACAGUCUACAAGUAUCUAAUCGUGGGCUCUUGAGUCUAGCUGAGAAAGGUCCAACAUUACCCAACGACUUGGAGUUGAAGCUAGGCAAAUUCAGACUGGAAAUAAGGUGUGCAAUUUACAAAGUGGGGGUACUUAACCAUUAGAGCAACUUACCACGGGCCGUGCUUGAUUUGUCAUCAGUGCCAUUUUUAAAUCACGAUUGGACUUUUGUCUCAAAGCUUCUGCUCUAGGAAUUAUUCUGGGGCAGGUCUCUGGCCUGCGUCAUGCCGGGGGUCAGACUAAACGAUCACAGUGGGCCCUUCUGGCCUUGGGAUCCAUGAAAAGCUCAUUUGACAGCUACAGAGGCCCUGAGUGACCUGCCGAAAGUCACUUGCUGAGCCAGGGAUAGGGCUGGCGUUAGACCCAAAGCCCCUGACUCCCAGGCCGGUGGCUGAUCAAGAGGAGCACCGCUACCUCCGUGGCUGGUCUGAACAGCUCGGAAUCGUGUUUAGAUCGCCCCGUGCUCAUGGUCUGGCAGAAGCUGGGUGGGAGUCAAUGAGAGGCUAGCAAGGGGUCACACAGCGAGUCAGCUGGACAGCUGGGAACCGAACCCUGGUCUCCAGAUUCCGGCUGCGGGACGCAGCAGUCCCUGGCAGAGAGCUGCAGGACUUGUGCCCGGUGGCGGGAGCCAGAAGACCAGGGUUUCGCAGGAAUUGGCAGACUGGCUCAGCUCCGCGGCCCAGCUAGCCCAGCAUCCUGUUUCCGGCAGCAGUAGCAUCAGAUGUUUCAGAGGACAGUCUGAGACCCCCGAUCGGUUGCUGAUGAGGAAGAAUCUGCCCCUGACAAAGGGCUAAUCCUGAUCUCUAGCAGUUAGUUAUAAAUCUGGAUAUUCCUGUUACCCAUAGACAUGCCCAAGUCCCCUUUGACUCAUGCUAAGUUUUUGGCCUCAAUGACUUUCAGUGGCAGUGAGUUCCACAGACUAACAGUGCCUUGUGUGAAAAAAAUAUUUCCUUUUAUCA